AUGUUCUCCCAUGAAGAGCACUUUGGAUCCCAUGGAACACGACCGCCUGCUUUUGACCAAUUUGUCAACGGUCUACACACACCUAAUGAUCUCAAGCAAGCAUUGUUCGAACUUUUCGCCAAGCGACUCUGUCGUCUGAAAAUGGACUCGUCGGAGGCAAAGCUGAUUGCGGGAGCACUAAGUACUCUACAGAGAGGCAUGGGAUUCCUGGUCGAGGAGUCUGACAAGAAAAUCAGGGACGUUAUCAAAGAACAUGCUGAUUGCGCCAAUGAAGUGAAGAGCGAUAGUGUUGUUGGGCUGAGGGCUUUUGCGAACAAAUACGCAACCGAACUACUAAGACUGGUCACUGGUUGUGGCCUCAGUCUAUGCUCAAACAGAGCAUCGACAUCGGGGCCCAGUGUGACAAGGUUGAUUAUGGCCUUGGUGCUUGGCUGCUUCCUUCGGCAAGUGCUACACAAGGACGCACCCUACUGGUUGAAAGACCGAAACUGUUAUGUUGACAAUUGGGUCCGCGAUGUCAUUGUUCAGUAUGACAAUAAGCAAAUCGGCAUCCCCAGACUGGAUUUAUUUUGGACCCGUCUCAGUAUUGGGGGGAUCUUAGACCUUUCUUUUCUGACUGACGUAGUCGGUCUCGACGAGGCAGACAACCAUGGGCACACAGCGCUACAUCUGGCCAUCCUGAACGACAACCUCCCCAUGGCUACAAACCUGUUGAAUCUCGGAGCGGAUCCCAGUCCUAAGGCAACACGAACAGGUCACACUCUCUUUCACUAUGCAGCAGCGUUUGGCGAAGAGGAGAUCUACAGAGAGCUGAAAGAGCAUUAG